UCUCUCUCUCUCUCUCUCUCUCUCUCAGAGGAAUCCCUUGAGCUGGAAAACGCAUUUUUGGCCCCUUAAGGUUGAACCAAACGGGCACGAAGUCAGUGUCAUUGCCGUAAUGGCGCACCUUAUUUCAAUGGAGAAGUCUCUUCCGACAAAGGAUGAAAGCAAAAAUGAUGGUGAAACAAGCAGAGGCCAAGAUCAAACAGUCGUUCCCACUGAUGCAGACUGGACUUCUCCCGGAUCUGAUUGGGUUCUCAACCGCUGUAACAUAUCAAUGGAAUUAAGAUCCUCUUUGGACGAUAUGGGCUACCCCAUAGAAAAAAACGAAGGAAAUCCAACAAAAGUCACUUGUCCAAAAGUCCCAUUAAGGCUGCGAAAAUCCAAGGGAAGCGAGGACUACUUUGAUCCUGCAGUUAUUUCUUUUGGUCCUUAUCAUCAUGGCAAAAGAGAACUCCAAGAAAUAGACACAAUCAAAGAUGAAGUCAUGCUCAAGUUUAUUAAAGAAUCUGGCAAAUCGUUUCUGGAAUUUUACUAUAAGGUACGUAAUAUGAAUAACGACACUAGAGCUUGUUAUAUUGAUUGUUCGAAGGAAAAUUAUUGUGAUGAUACGCUUGCAUUGAUUAUGCUCCGAGACGGUUGUUUCAUUUCAUAUUUAUUGGACAUCGUGGUAGAUAAGAAGUGGGACAAGGUAUCAAAGCUAAUUGUUAAUCAUGGAAGCUCAUUGGGAUCUAAUUAUGUAAUUAGGGACAUGUUUUUGUUGGAGAACCAAAUUCCUUUGGCAGUUUUAGAACUUUUGAUGAGCCUUAGAUACAACAAUAAUAAAAAAGUAGUACCAAAAAUGAUCCAGCAAUUCAUUUAUUAUCUAUUUUGGUUCAUACCCUUAGAGGAAGCUCCAGAAGAUAAGGAUGAGGAGCCACAGGAUCAUUGUCUCCUUAAAUGUAUACAAAGUCAUUGUCUCCUUGAAUGUAUGCAAAAAGAAUUUUCCAAAGUUGUUGAUGGAAAGAAAGAACGUACUCUCUGUUUCAAUUUUGUUCCAUCAUACAGAUUUUGUUUAUGGAAUCCAUCUCCAAAAGCCUCGAAAAAGGAGCAAGAUCCUGCAGAUGAUUGUCCAUCAUAUCGUUCCCUUAGUGAACUUAAAGCUAAGGGGGUCCAUUUCAAGCCUAUAUAUUGUAGUCCUCAUUCAUUAAAAAGAAGAAAAUUAUUUUCUUUUAAUGAUGUUGAAUUCAUACCUGGCUUUUUCUAUGCACAGCUUAAGCUUCCCCCUUUGAUCCUUACUUAUGAUACAACAAUAGUGUGGAAGAACUUGGUAGCCUUUGAAUUGAGUACUGCAUGUGAGACACAGAUUGUUAUUACAUCUUACGUCAAUUUCCUGAAUGCACUCAUUGCCAAUCCUGACGAUGUCAAAGAGUUGCGCUCAAAGCGUAUACUUCUCAACGCUGCAGGCAGUGACGAAGAGAUGUUUAAAUUUUUCAAAGAGAUAUGCACAGACUCAAUUCAAGAUAACUCAAUUUACAGAAAUGUUAGAGAAGAUAUUGAAAAGCACUGUAGGAGCAAGAUAAGGACCUGGGCGGCUGAAAUAAUUUACAAAUAUUUUAGAAACCCAUGGUCUGCUCUUGGUUUAUUUGCUGCUACUGCUGUCGUUGUUUUAAGCUUUGUGCAGACUUACUUCACUAUCUAUUCUGGAAAAAGAUGAGUGCAUGGAAUCCAUUUGCAGCUACCUCAAAAAACAGCAGAUAAAAAAUUAUUAGCAUUUACUACUGCCUCAAAAUGGAAGCCUCUAGUUACUUGUGAUAUUAAUAAAAGAUUUUUCUUUUCUUUUUAUUUUUGGGGGGGCUUCUAAAGACGCUUUGAAUUUUACACACUACUUCAAUUUAAAUUGUCAUUGGACCUAUUGUUUCUCAAUUAAUUGGGCACAUUUACAUUGUGUUGUAAUUUGUAAUAGUGUAUUGGUGUUAUUAAGUUCCAUUUAUGGCACUUCUGGUUA